AUGGCGCCUCGCACCGACUUCCCUCCCGUCCGGGCCUGUCUCUUCGACAUGGACGGCCUCCUUCUCGACACCGAAGACCUCUACACGGCCUGCAUCAACACUAUCCUCGAGCAGCAGGGCCGCCCCCUUCUCCCCUGGUCCAUCAAGGCCAAGCUCCAGGGCCGUCCUGGCCCCGAUGCCACCCGCCUCUUCCACGAGUGGGCCCAGCUUUCCCUCUCUCACGAGGAGUACCAGAAGCAGCUCUCCGCCCUCCAGCGCCAGAUCUUCCCCACCACUCAGCCCCUCCCCGGUGUUCCUGAACUCCUUGCCAACCUCGGCCGCACCCGCUAUUGGGACCUCAAGCCUGCCGCUGCCGACGCCGCCGACAAGCAGAACCCCCACCGCGUCCACAUCGCCCUGGCCACCUCCUCCCACGAGGCCAACUUCAAGCUCAAGUCCGACCAUCUGACUGAGCUCUUCUCCGUCUUCCCCACCCAGCGCCGCGUCCUCGGAGACGACAAGCGCAUUGCCCCCGGCCGUGGCAAGCCCAACCCGGACAUCUUCCUCCUGGCCCUCAAGACCAUCAACGACUCCCUCCCCGCCGGCGAGAAGCCCAUCACCCCCGAGGAGUGCCUUGUCUUUGAGGACUCUGUCCCCGGCGUUGAGGCCGGUCGCCGCGCCGGCAUGCGCGUCAUCUGGUCCCCCCACAAGAUGCUUCUCAACGAGUACAAGGGCCGCGAGAAGGAAGUCCUCGCCGGUCGCACUGGCGAGGCUGGCCAGGUCGACAUGCACCAGGUCGGCGAGAUCGACGACGGCUGGGCUGAGUACCUUCCCAACCUGGUCAACUUCCCCUACGAGAAGUUCGGCAUGACGAUCCCUCCCGUCGAGGUCGACAACGAGCCCUUCAUGAAGGAGAACGUCGGCGAUGUCGUCGUUGGCAAGACCAAUGGCACCGCCUAG